AUGGCUCUCUCGCCUGAACAGACGCGAUGCAACUAUCAAUCAGACGUGGAGCAACCAGCGACAUACGAGAUGUCGCGGAUCAAACCAGUUAUUCAACCCUUCGCUGGACGAAUCGGCGGUAAUCAAGAAAUAGUGCUUGAUCGCAGUGAUCCCCAAAAUGCAGAUCUACUCAAGAAGAUCCCCGAUGCGGCUCCCCUUAUGUCUUUCCGCGACGGAACUGACUUGCGCGGAUUUUGGGAUUUGGAUUUGUGGAAAUUUGGCUUUAUUGAGAUGAUAGGAGUUUUCUCUACUACAACAUUCCUCGGUCCGCUAUUUGGCGGUAUAAGCAAUUGGUUCUUUCUAACGCUAUUCAUCUUCUCCUUCUCCAACGUCAGCGGUAGUCACCUCAACCCGACGAUUUCAGUGGCUACUUUUUUUGCGCGUCUGAUCUCAUUCCCACGAAUGGUCAUCUACGUACUUUGCCAGACACUCGGCGGGGCUCUGGCUGGGUUUAUACUCCGUAAGGCGUACGGAGCUAGAGAUUUUACCUGCGGAGGCUGCGCGGUUGAGCUAUCCGAUGUCCCCGUGGACGAAGCGUUUCUGCUUGAGUUCAUAUUCACUUUGAUUCUCAUUUUUUUGUCCUUUGGCGUGGGAUUGGAUCCGCGACAAGGGAAGAUCUAUGGAGCUGCAUUGUCGCCGUUUUUGGUCGGGAUGGUUCUUGGGACGUUGAGCUGGGGCUCUGCAUUUGUGCGAACUGGAUUCGCUGGUGCUUCCAUGAAUCCUGCUCGAUGCUUUGGUGUUUAUGUUGCCACAUCAUUUCCAACUUAUCAUUGGAUACAUUGGGUCGGACCAGUUGUUGCAUCUGUGGCACACGGAGUCGUCUACUAUGUGGUACCUCCCUGGGGUCAUUGA